CCAUGAUGCUUUUUGGAGCAAGUGGGUUCAACCACGAUUCAGCUCCCAGAAAGAGGGUUAACUUGUCACAGACACUACCUCGUCAAAUGACUCUGUCCUGACUCACAUAGGAGUCAGGGGCUGCAGGCCACGACAUGGGCAACUCCUCUAGGAAGGGAGAGGCAGAAGGAGAGGAAGAGGAAGGGGGGAUGGAUGGCGAGGAGGCAGAAAUGACCAAAAAGAAGAAAGAAGAGGAGGAAGAGGUGGAGGACGAGCUUCCGCUUGGGGUGGAGGAGUUAUUUGAGAGUGGCGACCCCGUGCUGGACUUGAGCUACCGUAAGUUUAAGCGGUUACCUUCACGUGUUUGUGGACUGAUGCAUCUGGAGAAGCUGUACGUUUGUGGAAACAGCCUGCGUACUCUGCCCGACAGCAUCUCCCAGCUGCAAGGCCUGCGGAUACUCGCCCUCGACUUCAACAAGAUGGAAGACGUCCCUCCGGCCGUCUGCCAGCUCACUAACCUCACUCGCCUCUACCUGGGCAGCAACCGGCUGAUGACCCUCCCCCCUGACCUGAGGAACCUGAAGAGUCUGCGCUGCCUUUGGAUGGAAAGCAACUACUUCCAGAGAUUCCCACGGGAGCUCUACGACCUGCCCAACCUCAAGUCCCUUCAGAUUGGGGACAACCGGCUGAAGACGCUGCCCGCUGAUCUCUGGCGUAUGGAGGCUUUGAGGGGAUUAUGGCUUUACGGGAACCGCUUUGAUACCUUCCCCAAAGUCCUGCUGCGCAUGGAGAACUUGGAGAUACUUGACCUGGACCGCAACAAGAUAUCAGAGUUUCCCAGCCUGAAGCGACUCAGAGCACUGCGCCUGUUCUCUUACGAUCACAACCCAGUGGACUCCCCUCCCAAAGUGGGUGAGGAGGUGCUCGUGGUUGGGGAAGGUGCUCUAGAGUUCUUGGAGGCGCGUGAGGCCAGGAACGAGAGGCGACGAAAGGCUGCAGAGGAAGAGGCCGAAGAGUUGGCUCUGGCAGGGGAGGAGCCGGUGAUUCAUGGCAUCCUGAAGAACAGCAGCUCCAACUCGAAACAAGCAGCGAACGAAUCUUCUGUGACUUUAGGGGACGUGGACUUCAAAGAGGAAGAGGCAAAAGAGGAGGAGGAGGAAGAGGAGGAGGAUGGGGAGCUGCCAGUCACUGAGUAUGACGGAGAUGAGCUUGAAUAUGACGAGGAGGGGGUUGAAUAUGAGACGGAGGAGCUGAUAUGUGAGGGAGAGGGGUUCGAGUAUGAGGGAGAGGAGCUGGAGUAUGAGAGGGCACAGAUGGACUAUGAGUACGAGGAGCUGGAGGACACGGGGAGACAAGAUGAAGGUGCAUGAAAAACCCCUCAUACAUCCAGACUCAGAUGAUC